AUGACGCAUCAGCUGGCCGGAACCAUUGCCGUUACCACGCUGCGAUUAGCAAGUGAUACGGAGCUAGCAGUGACCGUGUUCCUGAUGCAUCGGCAAACGAUGGGGUUCCAUGCGAGAGACUACGACAACAAUAUCCAAAGAUGGAGAAUAGUUUCGGUACUUCUUAUGAUUGUCGGAUUUCUCGCUGCCCUCGGGGUGUCAAUGGUGUCAAAUUUCCAGGAAGGGCCGCAAUUAGUGACACAUGACGUUGGUGCAUUCACUUUCUUCAUUGGUAUUGUGAUCUAUUUUUGGGGUCAAAUCAUCAUGUCCUAUGGGUUCAGGCCGAGAAUGGUGUCGGUGCAUUUGAUAAAUUUCCGCGUCGUACUCAAUUUACUGAUCACCGCCAUACUUAUCUUCCGUAUGUUUUGUUUACCUAUUAAA